AUGGCCACUCAGGCUCUGCCGAGCUUUCUGAGCGCAUCGACGUUCACCACAGUCAUCGGCGGAGUCACCCAAACACAAGUUGAAACUGUCGUCGUGUCGUCAGUGUUGCCAACACAAGAACUACCGUCAUUUCUUUCCGCGUCAACAAUUACUGCAACAGUUGGAGGGGUAGCAACCACGGCCACGACACUUGUCGAAGUGCCAUUGACCUAUAUUGGUCCAAGCAUCCCUCUUGGAACUAAUGGGAUAUGGACCUUCCUAGGCUCGACAACUCCGGCCUCCCUUCAAUCUUCUACCGCGACACCUUCAUCUAGUUCCUCUCAAACAUCGUCAGCAUCAAGCAGCUCAACGGGAACUCCAACUGAAUCGAACCCCUCAUCCACUACUUCCUCAGUACCAUCAGCAAGCUCCUCAACCGCCGUGGCGGGCGCAGCUGGAUCAAGACACCAUCUUACCACUGGCCAACUGAUCGGCAUUAUUAUCGCCGCCGUAAUUGCGGGACUAGUCAUCUUUUUGCUUUUCAUACUAUUCUGGUUCCGCCGUAAACGCCGCCGAGUUGGGUAUGAGCAUCCAAAUCUCAGCGAUUUCGUCUUUGUCGAGUCGUCAGAAGGUCCGACACGCGUAGCUGGCGAAGGUAGCCCCCGACCCACUGGCGAGGAAGAAGAUUCAUUCUUGCGACCAAGUGGUGAGAGUCAGACAGCUGCCGAAGAGAUGCAAGAGAUCGGCCCAACGGCUCGCUUGGUCGAUAAUCGGAUCUCGACAGCUACUGAUUUUACUACUGGAACAACGAUGCCUCCUGAAGGCAUUGUUCCGACCGCCCUAAAAACACCACCCGCAUCACCUUCUCUCCCUUCUGGUCCUAAAACUCCAAGUCCUUUCUUCCAUGCAUCAGCAUCAUCGCUAUUCUACAACCCAUCACGAGGACCGGAUCAAUCUUUGGUCGGGGCUGCUGUUGGAGCAGCAAAGCGUGAUAGUGCAAGUACACGGGCUUCCUCUUCGUCUUCUCCCAGUGGUAACGCGGGAAAGAUUCUUACAUCGCGUCAGUUGAUGGAGAUGGACGACCAGUGGCGUAGAGAGUCCAAUGGCAACCAACAUGGAGGUGUGGGUCUCCAUCACAGACCAUCAGAACUCGGCGAACGUAUAGGUACACCACUUCGACCGCCGCCUGUAUUGGGUGCUGCUGCCGAUACAAGUUCUUCAAGGGACAUGAGUUCUAUGCGUUCCUUAGGAUCACAUCCCGAGUCACCUGGUAGUGACAGUGAUGAGCGAACAGAUCUCUUGAUGGCCCACCGCUUUAACAUGAGCGAAAGCGGGCCGGCAGUCCUCCUGCAGACUGAUAAUGAAGCUUCCACUCCGUCAAGCUGGCGUUCAAGUCUGGGACUUGGAUUGACUGGGUUAGCGCGUCUUAGCAGAUUAAGUUGGUUCCAACGAAUGGAUGCUGCCCGAAGGCAUUCUCCAGAAAGUGCCUUGCCAACGACACGAUCAGGUUCGCAGCUUCGUUCUGCUGAGACCCGAACAAGUCUGGUUGUUCCUCGACCUGUAUCACAUCUAACGACUUCGAGUACGGGUGAGACGUUGUAUUACGAUGCACCAUCUGGACCUUCGACGAUGUCGACACGUUCAAACAAUGGCAACGGUCAUAACCGAAGUCACUCCCAGCGGCCUAUGUCAAUGCCGCCUCUCCCUCCUCGUGCUUUGUUUGCAUCUGGUGAGGGUGGGACAAGUAGUGCACCACAGUCGCCACGACCUGGGUUUGGUAAUGGGAGUGAUAGCAGUAGUAGCCUGAAUCGACCUGCGUUACUAUUGCUUGAUCCUCCCUCAGGUUCUGCACCUGCAAGCCCACGCUUCCCGUCACCUCCCCCAGGGCCGAUACGUCCUCACCCCCAAAAUGCAGAAACACGCGCUGAGCCUGUCGAUGUCCUUGAUACUCCUGUACCAGCUCGUGCUGCCGUCUCGCCAUUCUCGACAACGUCGUCCCGUGGUGGACCUGCAGUGCCUCCUGGUUUAGAGCACAUCGCAAAUAUACGCUCAUGGCGGGACUCAAGUUCUGACAUGCCUUCGUCAGCAACAUUCGGAACGCAUAGCGAUCGAGAUGUGAGCGUGGAUGUUAUCGGUAGUGGAGGCGACGUCCUAGAAGAGGCUCCGCCCAUGCCAACACAUAACUGGACGCAACUACGCGCUGUCACAGUGACAGGAACGUCAGAGUCAAGCAGGCCACGUAGGGCACUCAUAGAGGCUGAGUUGGAUGAUCCGCAUGAUGACGUACACAGUGCUGCUGCGUCGCUACACUCAAUCCCAGACCGGCUCAGCCCACUCUCACCCAUGGGCUCAGGAUCCAACUCACGCGCGCCCUCCAGACUAAACAACUCCUCCCUCGGCUCUAGCUCAUCCCAAUUCUCGCGCGGACCAUCUCCAUUGGGGCAUGGAGGUAAUGGUAAUGGUAAUGGAACCUCAGGCUCUUCAGCUUCACAACUCGCACAUUCAAAUUCAAUAACGUCGGAUGGUCGACGAAGACCGAGACGUGAACCUGGUGAGCCACCAGCAAUAUCACCUGCCAGUUCGUCGCAUUUCGGACGAGCGCGAUUGAGUGCGAUUGGUGGACAUCGUUCACCGAUAACUACGCCCCAGCGCAGUCCCGGUGCAGACGCGAGUUUCGCGUUGGCGCAAGAGGGUGCGAUGAAUGAGGGUACCGGUGCGAUCAUUGGGCGUACGAGAUGA